AUGGGCAUGGAAAAAGGCCCUCUUCGGUUAAAUCUGUUAGUACAAGCAGUACUCUACUGCAUACUUGAACCAUUAGCUGCAUCAAUUAAUCCUAUAAAUGAUCAUUGGACCUUAAGAGAUACUGCUGCUCAGCUAUUGGUCCAAAUUGUGAAAGAAUGGUCAACUCCUACAAAUGAUCUUAUGAAUCAUGUAAUUAGUUCUCUUGAAGAAUCAUUUGUUGAUUUAUCAAAACCGUUUUGUUCUCAUUAUGGUGCUGUUGUUGCAUUAAUCUCAUUUGGAGUUGAAACAGCAGAAAAAAUUAUAUAUCCUCACCUAACUCAUUACUGGCCACAUUUGACUGCUGCUCUUGAAAAUUGUAAUUACAGCAAUGCUCAAGUAAAAGCCGAUGCUCAAAAAGUUCAUGGUGUUCUGUUGUUUUAUGUUAUGUGA